UGGACGGUCGAGCAGAGUGGCCAAGUUGGAAGGGAAUAGGAGAGGCGUUCACGUGACCAGUCAAGCGAAUCAAGCGAGCCAAGCGAGCCCCCUCCCCUGUCUGCCCUGUCCUGGAAUGGCUGCCGCCGCGGACCUCCAACGGACGCUCACAGAUCUCGGUCUUGAGCAGUACCUGCCCAAUUGCCUCCAAGCCGGCUUCCAAAAUUUCCAGUCGCUCAGCUCCGUUACUGAAGCAGAACUUACUGCCCUCGGCAUUCGCUUGGGACAUCGGCGGAAGCUUCUGCGGAAAAUCGCGCGAGACCAUGCUUGGCCAGACAACAGGCCGCUCCCCACGUCCUACUCGGAACUGCAACAACACAGAAAUAGCGUACGCAGGCUUGCACGCGGAAAUGUAGACCCGGACACACUCGAGGAGAACUACUAUUCUCUGACAAGCCCAUCCCAAUCGCCAUCCCCAUGGUCUCGAGCAACAUCGUCUUCGUCUGAUUCCACUGUCUCAACUCAGGAGAGUCUGGAUGGCACUCGCCUCCAGGUGGCGGGCGUGCUGCGAACGAGCAGCCCCCUCUUCCCCAUUGCUAUACAUGAAGAGGACAACCACGCUCAAGAGCGAGAAAAGAUCUCUCGAGCACUGCGUGGCUUGGGUAAUUUUGGCAUCCACAUCCCCGCCGCCGAUCCGUUAAAGUUCUCCGAUCCUGACCGAAUCCUCGAUUCGGAGAAAUGGCUGUAUGAUGUCAUGCCUCACGGCCCCAAGAGUGGCUUGAGCAGAGGGAGCAACAGCAGCGAGGCUGGUGUAACCCCAGGUACCCAACCCCUGGAGGCCUUCGUUGAGGCAUUCUCCAAGAGCUUCAACCACUUCUUAUUCCUGUUCCGCGAGGAUGAACUGCGACAGAGCUUCAACCCACGCAAAUGGACAUCCGAUGCAGACCUGCCGAUCGAUGUUUGUUUGGUCCUUGCUCUCGGUGCAAAGGCCAGCGCCUUUCAAGUAGAAGACGUCCAGAAUGAGUGGUACAGAAGAGCGCGCUUGCGGCUCUUGAGUGAUGACCGUCAAGACGAUCUGUGGAUGAUGCGUGUGUUGACUUUGAUUUGUCUCUUUGAGAUUGACGACAACAUCGAUGUCUCCUAUAGUUUCCUAGAUGCUGCAACGAACAUUGGUCUGGAGAAUGGAUUAGACUCUCCAGAGCCUACCCUGAAUGGGAUGAGGGAACCUGCGCUUUCCCAGUGGCUUCGCGUCUGGGACACAAUUCGAUUUUUGAAUCUGUGAUUACCCUUACCCCGCUCACCAUUGGACAGAGUCCAUUGACUUGAAUGCUUAGGUGGUUUCUUCUUCAACCGCAAGCAAUGGGUAGACAGCUGUCAGACACAAGCCGCUUCCUGAACAUAGAGCAACCUCCACUAUUGUCCGAUCAUUGCCGCAAUAGUCGAUUGAUUCAGAUGAGCAUUGCA